GCAAAAAUAACGAAAUUAUCUAGUAUUUUUUACUACUAUAUGUUACUAGUAUAUUUGAUUACAAAAUGUGAUGGGAAGAUACAGCAAGUUCCUUGUGUUUUCUUUUUUGGGGAUUCUCUUACUGAUAAUGGAAAUAACAAUUUUCUAGCAACAAUUGCCAAAGUAAAUCACACCCCUUACGGGAUCGAUUUUCCGGCCGGUCCCACCGGCCGAUUCUCCAAUGGCAAAAAUAUACCCGAUUUUCUCGCCAAGAGUUUAGGAUUUGAGAAAGCUAUUCCUCCAUUUGCAAUUGCAAAAGGUACCAAGAUUCUCAAAGGUGUGAAUUAUGGAUCAGGAGGAAGUGGAAUCCUCGAUGAAUCGGGAAGUCAAUUGGGUGAUGUAAUGAGCAUGAAGAAGCAGCUGAUUAAUCAUGGAAAAACGGUGGCCAAUAUCAAGCUUUUACUUGGAAACUCAGCUCGUGCAAAACAUCACCUCAAAAAAUGCUUAUAUGUUUCCAAUAUAGGGAGUAACGAUUAUAUCAACAAUUAUUUUUCCCCAAAAUAUCACCUUUCUAGCACUUUGUACACUCCACAAAAGUUUGCAACAAUUUUGACCAACCACUACCGUCGACAAAUUAGGAGGCUGUACAAGUAUGGAGCAAGGAAAGUAGCAAUUCAUGGGGUGGGUUCAAUUGGAUCCGUGCCUCACUUCAGGUCCACCAAAGAGUUCAUGGACUCCACCAAUCGAAUCAUACAACAUUUCAACGAUAUGCUACCGUCGCUCGUCGACGCCCUCAACGCCCGUCUCCAUGGGGCGCAAUUUAUCUUUAUAAAUACCACAAACAUUGCUCAAGGGGAUCCUUCAACCAUAGGUAUAAAAGUUAUAGAUGUCCCAUGUUGUGUGGUUUCAAAACCCUUAGGACUAUGUGAUGCUGGAAAAAAACCAUGCAACAACAGAAAUGAGUAUUACUUCUGGGAUAAUUUUCAUCCCACAGAAACUGCAAAUCAAGCCAUGGCUGCACGGUCGUACGCUGCAGCCUCGCCUGCUGAUGCUUACCCGACCGACAUUCGUUAUCUCGUCCGAAGAAAUUAACAGUUUUUUUUCCAGACUAAUUGUCAUGGUUUAGUGUCUGUUUUCUGCAAAGUGUGGAAUAAUA